AUGGAUGAAAUUUUAAAGAGAACUGCCAAUGAUAAAUACCGUCAAAGUAGGAGAACUUCGAUUCUUCAUCGUGGAAUUACAGCCAGAGACGGAUUUGGGUGGGGGACAAGACAGGGCUGUAGUCCCAGGCCCAAUAACUUUUUUUUAAAGCACGAUGAUUCAGUUUUCCAGAGCACCAUUAAAUUCUAUCCGGGUGCUGCCUGUCCCAUCAGAUUAGUGAUUGUCAAUGGAGUGAACAUGUGGUUAUAUAUUCUCUCUCAUCAUAGCAAUACCAUUUCUAUCUCCUUGAAAUCAUUUCUUUGUUCAGUGAAACUUGAACGAGAUACUUUAGUCAUAAGGGCAAGUAUACCAAGAUUAGAUUUGGAUUCUACCUUUGAACAGAAGAACGACAUAGCCAAAGCUGUCGAAAAUGAACUUGAAAAGGCCAUGUCUGCUUAUGGAUAUGAAAUAGUGCAGACCCUGAUUGUGGACAUUGAGCCAGAUUCUCAGGUUAAGAGAGCCAUGAACGAGAUAAAUGCAGCUGCCAGGCUCCGAGUUGCUGCGAACGAGAAGGCUGAGGCUGAGAAGAUAUUGCAGAUCAAGAAAGCCGAAGGUGAAGCUGAAUCCAAAUACUUGUCGGGGCUUGGAAUUGCUCGUCAGCGCCAAGCCAUUGUAGAUGGUCUAAGGGAAAGCGUUCUUGCCUUCUCGGAAAAUGUGCCUAGAACAACAGCUAAGGAUGUCAUGGACAUGGUUCUCAUUACCCAAUACUUUGAUACCAUGAAGGAAAUUGGAGCAUCAUCAAAGUCGUCCGCUGUGUUUAUCCCACAUGGACCUGGUGCUGUGAAAGAUGUUGCUGCACAGAUUCGGGAGGGUCUUCUACAGGCUGAAAGUGUUGAGCAGUAGAGGUUUUCCGGAGAUCCAUUGCAUCGUUGCUGUUUCUCUAUUUAAAGUGUGUGGACGUGUUCUGAUUAAUGCAGUAUGUGUAAAUGUAGAACUUCUAUGAGAUGCUGGUGAAUAUGAAUAUCUUAGAAGUGUUUGUAAAUGUUUUUUUCGUCCUUGUAAUAUAGUUUUGCUGAUCCAAAACAACAACUUUAUUAUAAAUAAAUUGUGGUUUUUAUUUA